AUGUGCUGCUGCUGCUGUGGAGAUGACUGUGAAUGCAGGCCUCUUGCCUUUCUGCUAGCCCUUCCUUUUGCCUUCGUCUCCCUCAUCCUUUCCAUAAUUGGCAUCAUUAUAUGGAUUCCUGGCUUGUUGCUGAGUUGCAUAUGCCCAUGCUGCUUCUGCGUGACGAUCGUAGUGGAGUUCGCGCUAGGGUUGAUCAAGGCGCCAUUUCUUGUGAUGGAGUGGUUUAUCUCCAAGAUUCCUUGUUAGGGUUUAAGUUGCAGAGAUCGUUCUUUUCAAGGAUGUGAUUAAUUGGUUAGAGGUCGAGAACCAGGGAUUGAUUGAUGUAGUUUGACUUUUUCUUUCCCCUCUUUUGGUGCUUCUGUGGACGACAUAAACAAAGACAAUGAUGAAGCUAUUUUCCCGUCUUGAUCCUUGGCUUUCUUGCUCUAUUAUUAGUUUCUCAAUCUGUUAAUUGCGUGUUGAAUAUUCGUCGGUUACUUUGUUUUUGUUGAGAACGAUGAACAAUGAAUAAUGAUGUCAAUUUGAAUCC